UUGCUAGGGAAACAAACUGUUUGAUCCAUAUCUAUUAAAUAUUGACUUCUUGUACUAUGAAACGUUCAGAAUGUAACAUUAGUAAAGAAACGUCCUUUUUUGGUACAAUUUGUUUUGCGUGAAUGAAAUUGUGUAAUACAUUUCACAAUAAUCAGUCACUUAAAUAUUUAAAAUUUUCAUAAGAAUAAAAGCAUCGGAAUGGUAAAUGAAACGGAAUUUUGGACUGAAAUUCGAAAAGAUAUACCACGAUACAAGAAAAGGAAACCCCGAGUUGUUCCUGCAUUUACUAUUCAAGCUUUACAGGAGAACACUAUAGUUGAAAAACCUCCUCGAUGUAAAUUAUAUAAACCUCAACCACCGAAACCAUCAACUUUUCGAAAAUUUUACGAAUGGGGUGUGUUUCCACUUUCAUUGGAAAAAGAUAUUCAUGGUACGAAACUUAAUUGGAAAGUCAAUAUCGAAGAUUUAGAUUUUCAUCAUUAUUUGCCGCUGCUUUUUGACGGUUUAACAGAAACUGAGCAACCGUAUAAAUUUAUAGUGGAACAAGGAAUAUCUGACAUGUUAGAACAUGGUGGUCCUAAAAUUUUACCUGUUGUACCUCAAUUAAUAAUUCCUAUUAAAAAGGCUUUGAACACAAAAAUGCCGGAAAUUAUUUGCACAACACUAAGAGCAAUUCAAAAACUUGUACAAUCAGCAGAUUGUGUGGGAGAAGCUUUAGUGCCGUACUUUAGACAAAUUUUACCAGUUCUUAAUUUAUUAAAAGACAGAAACGUAAAUCUUGGAGAAGGCAUUGACUACUCACAGCAAAGAGGAGAAAAUGUUGCAGAUUUGAUACAAGAAACUCUUGAAAUGCUUGAAACAUAUGGCGGUGAAGAUGCUUUUAUAAACAUUAAAUAUAUGGUUCCUACAUAUGAAUCAUGUAUGAUGAAUUGAACUGUAUUUAUUAUCCACUUAUU